GCCGCCGCCGCCCGCCGCUCGCCGCUUCGUGAGGAGAACCGGAGCGGUUGAGUUCCGUCCCGAAGAUGACCGUUCUUGGUUUUUGAAAGGGGCGAGAAGGCGAAUCCUAAUUAUUAUUUAAAAAAAAGAGAGAGAGAGAGAAGAAGGAAGGAAGGGAAGGGAGAGGCUGCGAGCCGGGAUCGAGCAGGCCGGGCCUGGCGGCAGGCGGGCGGCUGAGGAAGCGCGGAUGGGGGCGUCGGUGGCCGGCGGCUGAUCCCGCCUCUCGCCCUGCGUGUGGGGUCGGCCUGAGGGGAGCGAUGUCGAACGCGGGCACCCGGAGGCCCGGCUCCAGCAUCAAAGUCCGCCUCACAGUGCUUUGCGCCAAGAAUCUUGCAAAGAAAGAUUUCUUCAGGCUCCCUGACCCCUUUGCAAAGAUUGUGGUGGACGGGUCUGGUCAGUGUCAUUCCACCGACACCGUGAAGAACACCUUAGAUCCCAAGUGGAACCAGCAUUAUGAUUUAUACGUUGGGAAAUCAGAUUCUAUCACCAUCAGUGUCUGGAACCAUAAGAAAAUUCACAAAAAACAGGGAGCUGGCUUCCUGGGAUGCGUCCGACUUCUUUCUAAUGCCAUCAGCAGGCUAAAAGAUACGGGAUAUCAGCGUUUGGAUCUAUGCAAACUAAAUCCCACAGACACUGAUGCAGUCCGAGGCCAGAUAGUUGUCAGCUUGCAGACACGAGAUAGGAUAGGCACAGGAGGGUCUGUGGUAGACUGCAGGGGGCUCUUGGAGAAUGAAGGGGAAUGGCUGUACCUUCUAUGCCACGAAAUGCUGAAUCCGUACUACGGGCUUUUCCAAUAUUCAACUGAUAACAUUUACACGCUGCAAAUAAAUCCCGAUUCCUCCAUCAACCCCGAUCAUCUCUCUUAUUUCCACUUUGUCGGUCGGAUCAUGGGGCUGGCGGUGUUCCACGGGCAUUACAUCAACGGGGGUUUCACCGUCCCUUUCUACAAACAGCUGCUGGGCAAACCCAUCCAGUUGUCUGAUUUGGAAUCGGUGGAUCCAGAACUGCAUAAGAGCUUAGUCUGGAUUUUAGAGAAUGACAUCACUCCAGUUCUGGACCAUACCUUCUGCGUGGAACACAAUGCAUUUGGUAGAAUUCUGCAACAUGAACUCAAACCCAACGGGAGAAAUGUUUCCGUUACGGAAGAGAAUAAGAAAGAAUAUGUCAG